UUGCUACAUGUAAUGUUCUCAGUGUACUGGUUUUCAUUCCAGUUCAAGUUCAAAUUCACCAGACUACACUUCUUAGAAGUACAUACAUGUAUUACAAAAAAACUAAAGAAUAUGGAAACAAGCAUAGCUGAAUCGUUUAGAGAUGGGACUGUUUUUGUUACUGGAAGUACAGGGUUUUUGGGAAAAAUACUCACAGAAAAAUUACUCAGAUCAUGUUCAAUAAAAAAAAUUGCACUUCUUGUUAGAAGUAAAAAAGGAAUCGAUUCAAGUCAAAGGGUUGCAGAUAUCUACAAUGAAUCUAUGUUUGACCGCCUUCGAAUCGAAAAGCCCGACUUCGUGACUAAGAUAAAAAUGAUUGAUGGAGAUUUGGAACAACCUUCGCUAGGUUUAUCAUCAAAAGAUCGUGAUUGGUUGAUGGAAAAUGUGAAUUUCGUUUUUCACUGUGCUGCAACAAUCAAAUUCAACGAAACUCUUCAGAUAGCAACAAAAAUAAACAUACAAGGCACAGAUAAUAUUGUAAAACUUGCAACUAUGAUGAAUAAUCUUAAGGGUUUUGUACACGUAUCGACCGCUUAUUCACAUUGUCCGAGGAAUGUAAUUAAGGAAGAAUUCUAUCCCACUCCAAUUACGGCCAAGGAACUAAAAAAUAUGUCCAAAGACGAAAUGGCAUGUCCAAACAUUUUAGAAAAUUGGCCCAAUACAUAUACGUUUACUAAAGCGAUUGCAGAAAAUUUGAUAUCGAGAAAUGAAAAUCAUUUGCCGAUUUCAAUAUUUCGUCCAUCAAUUAUUGGAUGCACAAGGUUAGAACCUAAUCCCGGUUGGUUGGAUAAUAUAAAUGGGCCAUCUGGAAUAGUUACCGGAGUCAUAGCUGGAUUUUUAAGAACGAUACAGCUUGACAGAAAUAAAACAGCUGAUAUUAUUCCAGUUGAUUAUACUGUGAACGCACUGAUUAGUGUUAUGUGGGAUACAGUUAACAGACAUCGACAUUCCAAUCAAACGAAUAUGGUACCAAAAAUAUAUAAUUACGUUUCUAGUGUUGAGAGCCCGUUGACAUGGGGUAGAUUUAUUAAAGAAACUCAUGACCAUUAUUUCGACAUUCCACCGUUGCGAUCGAUAUGGUAUAUAUUUUAUAUUUUCCAUACAAAUUCGCUAGUAGUCAAAAUUCUGAGGUUUUGGCUACAUAAGAUACCGGCUGUAUUCAUGGAUAUGUCAUUAGUUGUAUGUGGUAAAUCACCCAAAAUGCUGAAAACGUAUUCCAAAACAGAAAAUGCCUUGGAUUUGCUUCGUGAAUUUACUACUAGACAGUGGUUAUUUGACAAUAAAAACACUGUAGAACUGUGGUCUUCACUAAGUAAAGAAGAUCGUAACACGUUUUGGUUCAGCUUUGAAGAAUUCGACUGGAAAUCCUAUAUAGAAAUCUAUUAUUUUGGGAUCAGGAAACAUAUACUCCACGAAGACUUAAGUAAUACAGAAAAGGCGGUAUCAAAAAAUCGAAAAUUAUUUUGGUUGCAUCAUUUGUGCAUUGUUCUUAUUAUUUAUGUUCUACUACAAUUUUUAUAUUGGAUGUUUAUAAUUUAAAGAAUACCAACCAACAUACACCAAUAAUACUUCUACAGAUUAUGAUCAUGAAACAAAACAGCUGAUACUUGAACAUGAAAUGAAUAACUACUUCAUACACAUUAUACAUCUUAUUUUAUUUAUUUUAUUUUAUUUAACAAUACUUUUAUGAUGAUCUUAAUUAGUUACCUAGUCAUAUUAGCCUGCUGCAAGUUAUUUAUGUGAUGUUAAUUACACGAUAUGCAUUUUAAUUGUCAAAAGGACAUUACAUUAUUUUUCACAAUACGUCUCUGCUUACCUUAAUUAGAAUAAGAAAUCAUUAUCCACCUGGUGGUUUUAAGAAAUGUUAAUUAAGCAAGGUAAAGUUGAUUUUUUAAAAAUAAAAGCACCUGUGUAUUGUUAUUGUCAAA